CGGGACUACCUGCAGCUCGGGCCCACUGGCCCUGGCAUGCGCGCUUCCUCUCUGGCGUCCUUGGCGGAGCUGAACGGCGCUGGUAGCGGGGGCCUCCUCAGCGUAAUAGGAUCUGAAAGACCUACUUAGGAACAUAUCUGAAAAGGAGGAUCCUGGGCUUUAUAAUACGCUUCAUUGCCCUUUGCAUUCUCUUCCUCUUGAGAAAUCCUACAAUGAAAUUGUCUAGUGGUGGGAAGGACAGCUGUUACAACAUGAUGCAGUGUAUUGCUGCAGGGCAUCACAUUGUUGCUUUAGCAAAUCUGAGACCAGAUGAAAACCAAGUGGAUUCAGACGAACUUGAUAGCUACAUGUAUCAGACAGUGGGUCACCAUGCCAUUGAUCUGUAUGCAGAAGCAAUGGCUCUUCCCUUGUACCGCAGAACCAUAAGAGGAAGGAGUUUGGAGACAGGAAAAAUGUAUACCACAUGUGAAGGUGAUGAAGUUGAAGAUCUCUAUGAACUCUUGAAACUUGUUAAGGAAAAAGAAGAAAUAGAAGGGGUAUCAGUAGGUGCCAUACUUUCUGAUUACCAACGUGUGCGAGUAGAAAAUGUAUGUAAACGGCUUAAUCUCCAGCCUUUAACUUACCUUUGGCAGAGAAACCAGGAAGACUUGCUCCGAGAGAUGAUAGCAUCUAACAUUGAAGCCAUUAUCAUCAAAGUAGCGGCUUUGGAACUGCACAAUAUUUUUAACGUAGAAAAGAGGAAAAUUUUGUCCAUCGCUAGCUUAGAUCCUGAUAAGCAUCUUGGGAAAACCCUGCAUGAAAUGGAGCCUUAUCUUUUUGAGCUUUCUAAGAAGUAUGGUGUCCAUGUAUGUGGGGAAGGUGGCGAAUAUGAAACAUUCACUUUGGAUUGCCCUCUAUUUAAGAAGAAAAUCGUUGUGGACUCCUCUGAAGUAGUCAUCCACUCUGCUGAUGCAUUUGCACCUGUGGCUUAUCUGCGACUUUCAGAGUUGCACCUGGAAGAAAAGGUGUCUGCAGUACCUGGGAAUGAUGAAACAAUUAAUUAUAUACACAAUUCUUGAAAUUUAUGCUGCCUUUUAAAAAUUAUGACCAACUUUCCUCAUUAAGUUUUUGUACUUCUUCAAAAAAUGUAAUGGGACCAUUGAUUAACUGGAAGAAUUUCAGUGAACUCUUCUCUAAUAUUGCCAAUUUUCUCAACUUUCUUUCCUUUUAAAAAAAUAAUUUCUUUUAUUUUUUGAGGUUAUAAUGUAAUUACAUCAUCUCCCCCUCUUCCUCUAAACCCUACACUAUAUCCCUCCUUGCUCACUUUGAAAUUUAUGGCUUUUUUUUAAUUACUUUUUUUACAUACCUCACUCUUUCUAUGUCUCUCUGUUUCUUUCUAUGUUUCUAUGUCUCUGCCUCUCUCUCUGUCUCACUCUACACACACCAAACACUUUCCUCAAUACAUAAAUACAACCUGCUCAAUCUGUAUAACAUUGCCUGUGUGUAUAUUUUCAGGACUGACCAUUUGGUAUUGGAUACCAAUUGGUGUUCUCUUCCCUGGGGAAGACAGUUUCUUCUGCUCUCCACAUGCCUUGGUUGCCUGGAGUUCUUUGUGCAGGGUUGAGGCCUGCGAGCUCUCUGGUCCACUUCAGCAUGUCUGUUGGUGUCCUCAUUGUUGAGCUCAUGUUUAGGCAGCCAUGUUAGUAAAACUUCAUGGGUGCAGCUUCUGAGAUUCUAGCAGAAGGAAACUCCUUGAUCCUCUGGCUCUUACAGUCUUUCUGCCUCUUCUUGACUUUCUUUUUUGGUAACAAGUCUCAUGACCUUUUUGUUACCCGUCUGUAUCACCCAGCUCUCUCUUUCUGACAUAUCUUUUUACAGUUGUUUCCUCCCUGUCUUUCAUACCCCAUCUCAUGGAGAAGAGACAUCAGAAAGGAAGACUCUAUCUAGACAAUCAAGCUUACUAUAAUCAAGUGUCACCACAUGAUGUAUAUUUUUUUUAAUUUUUAAUAUAAUCAUUAUUCAAACUUUCAACAUUAAUGGAUAAUGAGAAAGAAUAUCA